AUUGAAAGUACAAACGCUCAUCUUGAAGUGAAAAGGGAGUUGUAAGCAUAGAUAUCAAAACUAGAUGCAGUUUCAAGCUCUCCAGGCACGUCCGCCAUCUUGGAACGGUCAACGGACGUCACUCACAGUUUGGCAGAAUGUCACAACACCGCGGAGCCUUGGCUGUGAAUAUUAAUUCCAGGAAAUGUGGAUACCCUUUCAUCGUCGUCAUGUGUUAGUUUAGGAAAUAUAAUGGUGUAAUGAUUUUAUUUCGCGUUUCUAUGUCAGAUUAUCUAAUACAAAAGAUUAAUUUACAAUUUUGCCGGUUAAAGGAAUAGUUCACACACAAACACAUGAAUGGCCAUGUGCCCAUUUAUGCAGCCCAUUUGUUUCAAACUUGACGUGGUUUUGUGUCUACAAGUCACCAGGGGUCCAGUGAUGUUCUCUCGCCGAAGUUCUUCCUUUGUGUUUUCUGCUGAAGAAAAACAAAACCGUGCUUUUUGGACUGACAUAAGGAGUACCUGAGGUUGAGGGAGUCUGUUCCCUCUCGCUCCCAGAGGUCAAUAUUCCCGCCUGUGGAGAGAGCACCGUGCUGGCGGCCCAGCCCCUUUCCCGCUUCAGCCUGGGACGGAAGACCCUGCUGGGGGCUGGCGUGGCCGUGAUGCUGGUCUUGGUCCUGGUGGUCCUCAUUCCAAUUCUGGUCCAUUUGGCAGGCACCAGUGAAAACGGUGAAUACGAAAUGCUGGGUGCCUGCCGUAUGGUGUGCGACCCUUUCUCUGAAAAAUCGGGCACUACGGCGGGCAUCGGUACGGGCACGGGUAUCACUAACACGCAGCUGGAGGCUGAACCGCUGACCGAUCACAGUAUGGGACCCCCGUUGCCAACCUAUGCACACGGACCGCAGGGCAAGCCUGGACGACAGGGAAAGCCAGGGCUGCCGGGACCCCCGGGACCACCCGGAGAGCCAGGUCCACCGGGACCGAUGGGGCCGCCGGGAAAUAAGAACCACACGGAGCGACCCGAUGUCUCCGCUCUGGGUGGAAGAACGGCUACGGGAAUGGGGACCUCCGUGUAUGCCAUGGUUCCGCGUCUGGCGUUCUAUGCGGCUCUGAAAAACCCGCAGGAGGGUUAUGAGAUUCUGAGGUUUGACGAUGUGGUGACAAAUAUUGGGAAUAACUACGAUGGGUCGACGGGGAAGUUUGUGUGCAAGGUUCCUGGGACGUACUUCUUUACGUACAAUGUACUCAUGAGGGGAGGGGACGGGACCAGCAUGUGGGCGGACCUGCUGAAAAACGGACAGGUGAGGGCCAGCGCUAUCGCUCAGGAUCAGGACCAGAGUUAUGAUUACGCCUCAAACACAGUCAUUUUGCACCUGGACCCCGGGGACGAGAUCUUCAUCAAGCUUGACGGCGGAAAGGCACACGGAGGAAAGAGCAACAAGUACAGCACAUUCUCUGGCUUCAUUCUGUACAGUGACUAGAGAGGUGGAGAGGUCAUUCAGCCUGAAAAAAGAGACUAAAGGCUGCGAACCAGCAUGCAAAACAAACUCAGAAAGAAGGUUAUUUCAUGCCGCAACUUUUUUUAAAUUUAUUGUCACUAUAGAAAUGUUAUUAAUUCAUUCAUUCACGCAGCAAUGGAUAUUUGUGUUUGAUGUGAACAGGCUGAUUUCAUUGGUGUAAACUUUUGAUCAUUAUUGUUGUCUUUGGUACAUCGAGAUUCUGAAAGAUCCUUUUGUGUCUGUAAGAAGCCCGCGUCAUCUCUUUGGUUCUGUUUGCCUGGACGAGAACCUUCUCACAAGACAAUUUGAUUCAGGGGUGAAAUGAUUCAUUUUGGAACAUGAAUUUGCAGGUUUGUAAGUGGAAUAGCAUGUAGCUGCUAGCGUGUCACGGUUGCACUUUGUUAUGGGCCUGAUAGAAUCCCAACAGACCAGGAUUCACAUUUAUGAAGAAUAAGAGCAAGAUCCAUCUGCCAAAAAACAACUUCAUGCUGAAAGUUUAGGACUUCAGAAUGCCAUCAAGACAUGAACGAAAGGCCGGUGGAGUAUGUGUUUGUUUCAUGAUGGUGUUUGUCUUUGUGCUCGUGUUGUGUCUGUGAACAAUGAUGUCUCUCAGUUGACUUCAUGUGAAAUAAAUGACCUAAAAUGAUACCCUAAACAUAUCCUGAGAGUCUGUAAGUCAUUGUUUGUGAUUGAUGUAUGGGUGUGGAAAUAUUAGAAGAACUAAAGCUCAAAAUCUAAGCUUUGAACAUUUUCAUGUGCGUUGUGUUGUCAUCAAUGAUGUAAAAUGCUGUGUGGCUUUCUUUGUUUAUCCCACAGAACGCUUCGAUGGGGUAAGAAUGACCCUUUACAAGACAA